AUUUCGUCGCUUCAUCAUAAGUAAGGUAGUGUUCCUGACUGUCACAUUCUACGUUGCAUCAAGCUAAAGCUGGGCCGUGCGCGCGAGCUUUUCUUCAAUAAUUGAUUACCGUGGCACAGGUCACGACAAGAGCCGAGUCAAUGUAAGGGGAUCAUGUAUUAACUUUAUCCCAUGUCAGGAACAACCACGUAAAGGUGGAGGCGAACCGCACCCCUAGUGCACCUAAAUGCCAAAAGCCGCAUUGCAGACCUCGUGUGUCUCUUUUCUUUCUCCCCCCAUCUCAAAAAAACAGCAGCUCCUUCAAAGAGCAGGACUGCGAUAGCGCAAAAGUGUCUCAGUCAAGAAUUUGCAAAGACCCGGCCGGAAUUCCUCUAUCUAGUAUGGAUCCAAAAAUACCGACAUCCAUCACACAACUUUUCCAAACGAACUGUGUUCCCUCUCCAAUGGAUGAGCAGCGCAUUAGCCAUUUCCUCGCAGAGCAAAAUUUGGCGCUUUCGUCUGUGAGGGAAGAAAUCGAUCGCGCCCGCGCAGAACUUUCACGCCUUGAGGCUAAAGAAUCUGGGAUCAUGGAAUUGGUCCAGCAACUUGAAGCGCUACAGUCUCCCGUUCGCCGCAUGCCGACAGAGAUCAUGGCGAAAGUCUUCAAUCACUGCGUUCAGGACGAAGAAAUCCAGGAGCCUGAUCCUCUUCGGGCUCCCCUGUUAUUGGGUCAAGUCUGCAGCGCUUGGAGAGACCUCGUGUUCUCUCUCCCUUGCUUGUGGAAGACUCUCAAGGUCGAGUUUCCGUCCACAACGCCAGAUUGGGAGAACGUUAUGCAGUCGAGAAUUAUGUCUAUGCACAUGUGGAUAUCACGUGCCAAAGCUCUUCCACUCUCCCUAAUCCUCGAGCACCCAAGCGGCUCUCCGAUUACAUGGACUGCUCUUAUGUCACUCGACAAUGAGAUCCUGACUCUUGGAUCCCGCAUUCAAGAGCUGUCCCUUUGCUUUUCGCCGUUGGCACUCAGUUCCUUGUUGACAUUCACACAAAGUCCUCUUCCACAACUACGGCAUCUUGAGCUUUGUAGCAGCAAGUCCCUUCCUAGUAAUGACAAUCCACCACCAUUGUUUCUUUACGAUGCACCCAGCCUCCGCAGUCUCUCGAUUGCGUGGGGUAGUCUUGACAGCACCCAGUUCAGCGUCCCUUGGAGCCAACUGACGCAGUUGUCUCUUCAGUAUGACGCCAGCCCCUACUGGAGUUCUGUUCACACCGACUACCUCAUUGUACUCCGCCAAUGCCCUAAUCUCAAAUCUUGCUCUAUCGGAAUAGACACCACGCUUGUUGACUCUGAUCCGGAGCCUGUGACGCUUCCCGCGCUCGAAUCACUGAAAGUGCGCCUCUUCUGCCAUACGCUCUACACCCACCGCUUCUUCGACGCGCUUCACGCACCUAAGCUGCGCACGCUUGAAAUUCAGAACGUCAGUCUUGCCAUGGGUUCAUUCCCCAGCCAGAUGGAAUCGUUUCCCUUCAUCUCACGGAGCGCAGAGACUCUCGAGAAUCUCUCUUUUGAUAUAAUUAAUAUAUCUGGUGUCAACAUGCUCUCAUGCCUCUCCCAGCUUCAUCACUUAAAACGCCUACGUUUCUUGCCUGGCCCUCUUCAUCUCAAUCACGACCUUGUAAACAACCUCAUUUUGUCUGAAGCAUCCCAGAACUCCAUCUGUCCCCAACUCACAUCAUUGAGUCUCAAAUGCGCGUCGCGCGUUUCCAUCGACCAAGUGACGGAGCUCGUAAAGUCAAGAUGCAACGCUAGUCCUAAAUUGGGAAGAAUUCUGCUUGCAGAUCGCAGCAUUUAACCAUGGCCCGGAUACGCGGGAUCAGAAAAUCGUCGAGUUGAAGGAACGUCUGAAUCAGUGUGUGGAGCAGGGGUUGCAGCUCCACCUGAUGAAGGCAAAGCCGACGGGUUGAGGUGAUGGUUAUCCAGUGCGUGUCAUUCCAUUUUACUAGCUUGAUGAGCAUCCCCUUGCAUUUCUUGAUUCAUUCACGAUUUCUUCAAUGAUCGCAUCUCCUUGACCCCUGAUGAUCAUGACUUGCCUCGCGGAGCGUUCCGUUAAAAUAUAAUUUUCCUCUCAUCAUUCCUCUGCAAACCAGUGAUUCAAACGUUGUCAUUGCGGUGUAUUAGUACUUUGAUAGUGUCUAUAAAUGACGAUGACGGUGACCUAGUACAACCAUGGAA